AUGAAACUAAUCGAAGAAAUGUUUGAUCGGAUUACUGGUUCUGAAAAGCCAUAUUUCAAAGCUUUCUACAAAAGAAUUUAUGCUUAUUUAAAACUGUAUUUGUCAUCGAUGGCUAUUUGCCUAGUCGUAGAAAUGGCAUUUUGCCGAGUCAUGGCUCUCUACACUACACACAGUGAUAAGUGGAACGGCCGAAAGUAUUCUCUUGUUAUUUCUUCAGUACUUUGGAUUACUGUAGGACUUCUAUGUAGUGCAAUUAUUCCAAUGUAUUCCGUUACAAAAUUAAUCAAAGCAAUAUUCGAACGAGUCAAUGGUUAUGAGAAAACUUAUGUCGAAGCAGUCUACAACAGAAUCGAAAACUAUGUCGAGGUGUAUUUAACGGCUAUGAGUGAUUUUCUGGUGGUCGAAAUGGCUUUUUGUCGAGUGAUGGCUUUGUACACCAGAGAUUGUGAUAAGUGGCGUGGCCGGAAGUAUACUCUCGUCAUCUCUACGAUUCUUUGGAUUUUCGUUGGAAUAACUUGUGGUCCGAUUAUACCAAUGACAGUUCUGAUUCCAUGUUGUUUGAAUCUCAUAUUCUUCAUUAUGAUCUUGUGGCAAUUGAAGAAGUUUGAAGCUCAUCGCAGGAAAACAAUAAAGUCAAUGAAAUCGUCAAUUGAUAACUCUUCCCGGAUGUUACAAGCUAUUCUGAUUAUGUUUUUGUUCGUGAAAACCCCUCAAGCUCUACUUCUCAUCUUUAAUUCUUUGUUCAUGAUUGACUAUUACAUAUUGAUUGCUCCGAUAACAACACAGUUCGUGGAGGUUCUUGAUGUGGCAAAUUCAUCCACAUCUUUCAUUUUUUACUGUACAAUGUCUUCUCAUUUUCGAGAAGUUUUUGUGAGACUAUUUGUUCCAGAAAUUGUUCAACGCAGGAUGAAAUCAACUGAAACAAUGAUGCAUGUUACAGUGGUAGCUUCUACAAAAAAUCUACGGGUUGCCUGGCAAUAA